UCCUCAGCUUUUCCACGUAUCUCAAUGUAACUGACAAUGACAGAUCAACAAUGAAACAUAACCUCACUUAUUUCUGUUAAUUAAAGAAAAAUAUUAAAUAUCUCGUUAUGUCGGGCGAAAAAAACGAUUUAUUAGAUUUAUUAUUUUCAGAAGAAUAUCCAGAAGAAUGGAAUUACAAUGUUACAUUCAAAGAUUACAUUACAAAAGUAGGUACAUAUACAAUAGAAGAAUUGGUUAAAGAACCCAAUAAAUUAAGAGAUGAGCAAUCAAGUAUAGUAGAAAUAACUCAAGAACUUGCGAUAACCAAUUACAAAACAUUUAUUCAAACCGCUGAGUGUUCGAAAGAUCUUUUUAAUCGUUUUAAUACUAUAGAAAAUGAUUUGGAAAAACUAUUAGAAAAUGUGCCUAACUUUGAAGAUAAAUGUAAAAAUUUUGUUGAAGAAACAAAUGGAAUAAAUGCAAUGAGAAAAUUAAAUACUUUAACAUUAACGAGAAAUGCGCAAUUAUUAGAGAUUUUAGAACUUCCGCAAUUGAUGGAUUCAUUUAUUAAAGAUAGUUUGUAUGAAAAUGCAUUAGAAUUAGCUUCAUAUGUAAGGAGGUUGUACGGAAAACACUCAGAUAUCCCAAUAUUUAAAAGUAUUUUAAAUGAUGUUGAGAAAUCUUGGUUAUUAAUGUUACAUCAACUUCUUGGACAGUUAAGAUCUGAUUUGACACUUCCAAAAAGUUUGCAAAUUGUUGGGUACUUACGAAGGAUGGAGAUUUUUACAGAAGCUGAAUUACGAUUGAAAUUUUUACAAACGAGAGAUACUUGGUUUAAAAAUUGUUUAAAUUCAAUUCCAAAAGAAGAUGCUGGACAUCAUUUAAAUAAAACUAUUGAAAUGACGAGAGUUAAUUUAUUUACGAUAAUAACUCAAUAUCGAGCUAUUUUUAAUGAUGAAGAUGUUGGACCAAUUCAAAAAACGAAACAUGUUAACCAAAAUACUAUAUUUUUCAGUUGGAUUCGAAACAAAAUAAUAAAUUUUCUUCAAACUUUAGAAGCGGAUUUAAAUUCUGGAAUAUCCUCAACUGAUUCAAUUUUACAUCAAUGCAUGUAUUUUGGGUUAUCUUUCAGUAAAGUUGGUUGCGAUUUUCGCCCGAUGAUGGUUAAAAUUUUUCAUAAAGUUAUUUUAAAUAAUUUUUCACAAUCAAUAAUAAAAGCAACGAAAUCAUUUGAGAAAAACAUGGAGCGUUUUACGUUGAUUAAUAAAAAUUAUCCAAGUGUUCCAUGGAAAACUAACACCAAAAAUAAUCAAGACCAAAUACAACCCCCUGACUCUUUAAUUGAGUUUUAUCCAUUAGCAGAAUAUUUAAAUCAAAUUUUAACAUCUUUUAAUGAACUACGUCUUUGUCCGCCAGUUACAAUUGUAAAUGAUAUUGUUUUGUGUUUACAAAGUUCUUUAUUAGUCGUUUGCCGAGCGAUUUUGAUUCUUUAUAAGCAAGAAAAGCAGGCGUUUAAUGCGAACUCAAACGACUCUUUUACGCGUUUAUGUAUGUGUUUUGCGGAUGAUUUGGUUCCUUAUUUACAAAAAUGUAUUCAUGUUAUUUACCCGAUAAAUCUUGUUGCUUCACAUGCCGGUAUAGGAGUUCAAAAAUUACAAAAGGUUAAUUUAACUUUUUUGAAUCGCGGUGAAAUUAUCGAUCCAAUUAAACACUUAUUACCCGUUAAAAUAGAACCUGUAUUAAAUAAUAAUAACAGUACCCUUGAAAAAGAAAAUGAUAUAAGUUGUAAAAAAGGAGAUAUUGAAAGUGAAGAAAAUGAAAGUUUUGAUAAUGUGGAACAUGUAAAAUAAAUCUGUUGAUACAUAUUUUUUUUUGUUGUAAAUAUGUUAAUUGUAUUUAUGUAUUGAUAAGCUUUAAUAAAUUUUUUACAUGAUUGUAAAUAAAUGAGUUGUAAAUAGA